GACCUUCCUUCUCCGGAGCCGCCUCCGGAACGCGCCUUUCCCUUCUCUGUAGCGGGCAGGACAAGUCACCUCCGGUGCAGCCGCCGAGCCUGCCUGCGUGCCUCGUAACCGGCUGCCAGGCAGCUCCAGGCCCCGCCUUGCGGGCGCUGCCGCCGGGCGCCCAGCCCUCCUCUUCCCCCGCGCCUUCCACGUGGGAGCGCGGGCAGGGCUCUCCGGCUCCCAGCGAGUUUCUUGCAGGGUGGAGACGCAGCGGAGCUUGACUGGCUGGCGGCAGCAGCAGCGUCUUGAUUUCGUCCAUCCUGGAAGCCUGUCUGCGGGGGGAUCCGCUGGAUCUCUUUCCCCCCCGCCCUCGGCUUGUUAUUUCCCCCUGAGCUUUUCGCGCUCGGUCCGCGAAGGAGUCGAGGAGGAGCCGGCGGCGAAGGAUGUGGCUGCCAUCCCCGGCUGGAUCGAAGAAGUAAGAAGCGGAGGAAGGAGAAACUAAGGAGGGGAGCGGGGCUCUCUCCACGCGGUUUAGGAGUCACCGGCCAACAUGUCUCUCAAGAAGGAAGGUGUGCAGAAGAAAUGGGCUGCCUUGAAGGAGAAGCUGGGUUCUCAGGACUCCGAUCAGACGGAGGCCAACCUGGAAAACGCAGAGCCGGAGCUGUGCAUCCGCCUCCUGCAGAUCCCAUCCGUGGUGAACUACUCAGGGCUCAAGAAGCGGCUGGAGAGCAGCGACGAUGGCUGGAUGGUCCAGUUCCUGGAGCUCUGCGGACUGGAUCUCCUGCUUGAGGCCCUGGACAGGCUUUCCGGGAGGGGGGUCUCCAGGAUCUCGGAUGCCCUGUUGCAGCUGACUUGCAUCAACUGCGUGCGAGCAGUCAUGAACUCUCAGAAGGGCAUCGAGUACAUCGUGAGCAAUGAAGGCUACGUCAGGAAACUCUCCCAAGCACUUGACACCUCGAACGUCAUGGUCAAGAAGCAAGCGUUUGAGCUCCUGGCCGCUCUCUGCAUUUACUCUGUGGAUGGUCACGCUCUGGCGUUGGACGCCCUGGAUCAUUACAAGACGGUGAAGAACCAACAGUACCGCUUCAGCGUCAUCAUGAAUGAGCUCUCGACCACCGACAACGUGCCCUACAUGAUAACCCUCUUGAGUGCCAUCAACGCGGUCAUCCUGGGGACGGAAGAACUGAGAGCUCGGAUGCAGCUCCGCAAUGAGUUCAUUGGUCUCCAGUUGUUGGAUAUUUUAACCAAGCUGAGAGAUAUAGAGGAUGAGGACUUGCUUAUCCAGUGUGAAACGUUUGAGGAGGCCAAGUCCGAAGACGACGAGGAAUUGCUGAGGAUAUGCGAUGGGAUUGACAUGAGCAACCAUCAAGAGGUUUUCUCAUCCCUGUUUAACAAAGUGAGCAGCUUUCCAGCCUCCAUCCAACUGCUGUCCAUUCUCCAGAGCCUCUUGCAUCUCGAACCUUCCCAUCGCUCCAGCCUGUUGCUAUGGGAAUCCUUAGAAAUCCUAGUAAGCAGAGCCAUCUUGCUUGCAAAUGACAUACAAGGCAACAGCGUGGAAGAAGUCAUGGAGAGGCUGCUGUCCAUCAAGAAGAGGCCAAAGAAAAGAAGCCCAGACUCCCGGCGAGGCGCCAACAAAGUGAAUGAGAGCACUCAGACCAAUGAUGCUUCUGAGGGUCUUCCAAACGCCUACCAGAAAUGUCCUCUUCCCGCGACUUGCCCCUCCGGCGGCCCACCCAACCCAGAGGCUCCAAAUGUGUCUGAGAGCGUUAUGCCAUCCCAGCUACUGACCUGCUCGGCAUUGCCUGGGCAAAGCUCCACUCCAUCGAGUGCCCCUCUACUGCCACCACCUCCCCCUCCACUUCCUGGAACAGCCAGCAUGGCAUCACAACAGCUGCCGCCGCCGCCUCCACCACCACCUCUCCCUGGCAUGAUAAGUGCACCACCUCCAGCCCCCCCUCUGCCUGGCAUGGCGGGGGUCCCUCCCCCUCCUCCCCCUCUGCCUGGCAUGGCAGCGAUUCCUCCACCACCCCCGCUCCCUGGCAUGAUAAGCGCGCCACCUCCAGCUCCCCCUCUGCUUGGCAUGGCAGCGAUCCCGCCACCGCCCCCACUCGCGGGCAUGCCACCUCCUCCACCCCCUCUGCCUGGCAUGACUGGGAUUCCUCCACCGCCCCCGCUCCCUGGCAUGGGAGGUGUGCCACCCCCUCCCCCGCUCCCUGGCAUGGGAGGUGUGCCGCCCCCUCCCCCGCUCCCUGGCAUGGGAGGUGUGCCACCGCCUCCACCCCUCACAGGCAACAUGGAUGAAAUUGUGAUUGCCCGUGUCGAGGUCCCCCUUGGGUACAACAGGCCCUUCCACAAGAGGGUGAAGCCUCCGACGCUAAGGAUGAAGAAGUUGAACUGGCAGAAGCUGCCCUCCAACGUGGUGAGAGAGGGACACUCUAUGUGGGCUUCCGUGACAAGCAGUAGCGAGGAGAUCAUUGAGCCGGACUACAUGAGCAUAGAGCAAUUGUUUUGCUUCCCUCAAACGAAGCCCAAGGAGAAACAGGCAGCCCCGGUGAAGGUGGAACCGAAGGAGAUCACGUUUCUGGAGUCCAAGAAGAGUCUCAAUUUGAACAUCUUUUUGAAGCAAUUCAAGUGCCCAAAUGUGGAGGUGGUUGACAUGAUCCAGAAGGGCGACCGAACGAAGUUUGACGUGGAGGUUCUCAAGCAGCUGCUGAAACUCCUACCUGAAAAGCAUGAAAUAGAAAACCUGAAAUCCUUCAAAGAAGAAAAGGACAAAUUAGCAAAUGCAGACCAGUUCUAUCUUCUACUCCUUGGGGUUCCUAGCUACCAGCUGCGGAUCGAGUGCAUGCUCAUGUGCGAAGAGACGGCCGUUCUGCUGGAGAUGCUGCAGCCCAAAGCCGAAACCAUCAGGAGGGCCUGUGAAGAUCUCCUCACCAGCCAACGGUUGCCUGUUUUCUGUCAGUUGAUCCUUAAAGUUGGAAACUUCUUGAACUACGGAAGUCACACGGGAGAUGCCGACGGCUUUAAAAUUGGCACUUUGCUCAAGCUAACAGAAACUAAGGCAAACCAGACUCGCAUUACGCUGCUCCACCAUAUUUUGGAGGAAGUAGAAAAAAAUCACACAGACUUGCUGCAGCUUCCCAAAGACAUUGAAUAUGUUUCAAAGGCAGCAGGGAUCAACCUUGAUGUGAUACGUUCUGAAUCCAGUUCCAAUCUGAAAAAGCUGCAGGAUCUUGAACGGAAAUUGUCGUCAUCAACGGAAGACGUGAGAGCCCAGUAUGGAAAAGCUAUUCAGGAGAGCAUAAGCACUAACAAGACGUUGGAGGCCGAGUUCGAAGUCAUUGAAACGAAGAAAGUAAAGCUUGCCAACUACCUCUGCGAGGACCCAAACAAGUUGUCUUUGGAAGAUAUGUUUAACACCAUGAAAACUUUCCGGGAUCUCUACAUCAAAGCGUUAAAGGAGAACAAGGACCGAAAGGAGCAAGCGGCAAGAGCUGAGAAACGGAAGAAGCAGCUGGAGGAAGAAGAGGCGAAGAGGCAGAAAGGAGAAAAUGGAAAGAUCGCAGUUAAGAAAGGAGCUGUGAAGCAAGACGAAGUGUGUGUUAUCGAUGCUUUGCUGGCUGACAUCAGGAAGGGGUUCCAGCUGCGGAAAACGGCCAGGAACAAAGCCGAUACAGACACGCCCGCGAAGACAUCACCCAGUCAACCGCAGAAAGGGAAAGAAAAUGUCCAAAGUGUCCAGCCUGCCAAAGACCCAGCGAAGGAUGGGCAAAAGGAUGUGGUUGCACAAACUAAGCUCCAGAAUCAAGUAGAAAAAACAGCUUCAGAUGUCAUGACCCCAGUUAAGACGCAGGAGGCUGUCGCUGUCCCCAUGGCUUCUGACAAGCCCGUUCCCGGAGUGGGGAGUGGGAGAUGUUCUCCAACCCGGCCUGGUACUGAGACGAGUUCCUUGAAUUCGUUUCCACUGGAGGGAGGCGGAAAAUCAGGAAACGGCACAAGCAUGCAAGAGGGGGCCGUCCCUUGUAGCACCCAGGACAACGUGGACUUCAAUGACUUGGUGUUGUCCCAGUCGACCUCCUUCAUCAAGUUUGGGAGCAGCACCUCAGGCCUUGGAAGCGAAACUAUUUCAUUAAGCUCUGGAGACCCAGCUGGCGGAACAGAACUGGUUUGUUCGCAGAACGGCUUAAAUCCAAAUGACCAGGUGAGCGGCGCCGUCAGGAAAAGCGGCAGAAAGGAGAAAGAUCCUGGACAUACCACAGAGCUACCAACCCCAGAGGCGCCGAAAGAAGCGAUCAAGGAAAACAAAGAACCUUCUAUAGACUCUCUGGUGGACAUCUCUCAGGAGAAGUCCUUCUCGGAGGAGCCGGUGACGGAUUCUUCGUGCUCGGCGGCGGUCCCCCCGGAGCAAGCCCUUGCCGACAAGGAGGGCCAAAGGGGCUCCUCAAAGCGAAAGAAGAAGAAAAGGCACAGCAAGAGCAACUCAACAGUGGUUGACACUGAUUUAAAAGCGAUGGUUGAUACUGGAGAUAAUAAAGCAAAAAGAGGUUGUGAGUUGCAGUGAGGUGGACCAGCGAGACAGAAAAAAUAAAAAGACGCACAUUCUUCAGUAACAUAUGCUAUGGAAGGUGGCCAUGGUAACGGGGGUAGAGGUGGGGUUGUUUUUUCUCCUAGGGUGACGGUGGGUAUGUAAUAGGUAGCACCCAGAUGCAAGAGAUUUCCAAACAUACGUGCCUUAUGCGAAGUUCUAAUUCUAUACCAACUCCCUCCCAGUUUCAUGCUGUUGCGACAGGCCUCUGGUCAGUGUCACACUGGAUGAACCACUCUGGGUAACUCACAGAUCGAACGCCUGCAGAAGCCGAGGGAGAUGUGGCCUAAAUGGUGCCUCUAGGACCCAAUGGCAGGGAUAAUUCAAGCCAACACUGUCAACUUCCUAUUGGAAGUGCUUCCAUUAAAUGACUGUAUAAAUGGGCGCUGGCCAUUGAAAGAUAUGCGGGACCAAGGUUGUGUUGUUUGUUGUUUGUUACUGUUGUUACAUGAAAUGCAAAUGCUCUGCUGUGUCUGUUCCUACAAAGACCCACGCUCCUGUUCCAACUGAAAUAACAAAUUUGGCAAUGCUAUAAGGCCUCACCAGACUUAAGCAAGCAAGUUGUGCAGGAAGGCGAACAGGAAAUCCCAAGAUCUUUUCUCAAAGCUUACUCUUUCAAACUUGUAAAUGUACCAAAUAAUACACAGUUCCCAUUUUAGGUAAUAGCACUGAUAUAUACCUUGUCAUGGAAGCCUUAGAGAACCCAACAGUCAGGAAUCUAAACAAGAACUUUAUUGAUGCUUAAACAAGAACAGAACAGCAAAUGGAAGUGCCUGACUCCACUCAGAUACAACUAGAUCUAGUGCCACCUAGUGACUAAACUUUAGAAUGACAUUAUCCAUGCAGGCCUAUUCUGCAUAAACUCCCAGCAUUUAUGCAUCAAGCAUGUCAUCUGCUAUGUCAAUGAUGAGCCAUGGGCAGCUGCCACAGGUCAGCAGGGAGUUGGAAGCCCAAGAAUGCACAGAAAUACUUUAGAGCCAGGAAGACCUUGUUGUUCAGCUCAAAAAGGAAACCAUUUAUAGCCCUUCUGUGCACAGCCUGGAUGGGCAGGGCCAGUCCAGAGUCUUAAGAAUACUUUACUGCCAGGAAUAUACUCCAGUAUGUGGCUUGGAUAGCCUGCUUCCAACACGACAGCUGCACAGAGACAUACUAGCUCCACCAAAUCCCGACAUAGUGUUCCAUCUCCAUGGACACUAAGUCCAUCAAUGGCUACUAGGCACAGUGGCUAUCUUCUGCCUCCACUGUUGCUGGGAAUCACAAGCAGGGAGAGUGCUGUCCUCAAGGCCUGCUUGCGGGUUUCCCAUCAGCGUCAUGUUGGCCGCUGUGAGAACAGGAUCCUGAGCUUAGCUUGAUCAGGCAAAGAUCUUCUUAGGUUCCUAUGUUCCAAUUACUUCAGACAAAAAGCCCAGUCUACGCAGGCCUCUGAAUGAAGUGGUCAGGUUCUAAAGAGAUAAAAUGGGGCUGCAUGACUUCAGAACGAGGUGAUGUUUUCGGAUGCUGCCUUAUAUAUAUUUUUAUUUUUUAAAUCCAUGGAAGUAGAAAACUAGCAGAGCUGGCUGGGCUAAAUCUCCUUCUCCCUGGGGAGUGACAGUUUGAAUGCAGGCUUGGAUUUUUAUUUUUUAUUUUUUAAAAAAGGAGAGAAAUCCCUGAAAGUCGGAAGCUAACACAACAGACCCGGCUAAAGCCCUUUUCUCUAGAUAAGCUAGUUGCUAUAAACUGAAGUCCGUUCAAAAGAUACGACCACCCCUUUCCUGCAGCCUGCAGCCUGAAGUGGUAAUAGUCAAUUCUGCCUCACACAGGAUGGAUCUAAACUCAUGGUUUAUAAAGUUAAGGAAGGGUUUUCAUAACACAGAUGGACACAUUGCAUCCUACUUUUAAUGUUCAUAAUGCAUUAUUAAAAUGUGGCAGAAGAGGGCGCUGCAGAGUAACCAAGAACUGGCAGUAGGGAAACAGCAUUUUUAUGGAGAAAACAAGGUGGGGGAAUGCUUUUAAAUUGCCAGAAUGCCCUGUGAUGUUUUGGAAUGAUAUAUCGUUCUAAUAACACUGAACAGGUCAGUGUAGAUCCAGCCUGAAUCAGCUGCACUCUUGACUGGGAGGGUGUCCUAACUCUUUUCCUGCCUUCAGCUCAGCAACACACGAACCCUGCGCCCCACAAUUCUGUGUGUCUUUGCCAGAAAAAACACUUGCCAAAGUAUUAACAUCCUUAACUCCCUAAAAGCUUUUCCCUCAAAACCUUUCCAUGAGAAACCUCUGGAUUUCAAAACCUGCUUUGUUUGGGGUUGUUGUUUUUCACUGCCUGAACUCGAGGGAUUCUGUAUAAGCUAUGUGGCUUUAAUGAACUUAAAACCUUUUGGUGUUCACUAAUUGGAACCUUACAUAAUCUAUCCUAAGAAGUGAUUUACGUCAUUGUUUAUUUCUGUUGGAUAUGUACAUAGCUGCCCCCUUCUGUAUAUUUUACCCAGGUGACAUUGAAAUAUCACGUUGAAAGUAUGGAAAUAAUUUUAUAUGCUGAGCUUAGUAACAAUAUUAAUUGCACACAUUCUUGUUAAUGACUUACAAGAGGCUAGACGCUCUGCUGAACUGAGAUGGGUGUCGUAUGGUGGCUUAUUUUGCCUAACACUGACUCGGAGGGCAGCCAGUUCUGGCCAUUUCAUUUUUUGGUGACCACAGGAUUUCGUUUUGUCAAAAAGAUCACGAGAAUACUUAGGGCACCUUAAAACUGGUUGUGCAUGUCAUAUUUGGAGAAGGUUUUGUUUGCAAAGUCCUGUUAUCUAGCCCUGACCUAGCCUUGGAAAAGCUAGGCAUUUAUCUCCCUGUGGCCAACCACCUAGGCAAAACCCAAAAAAGUAGGUCAGGGCUUGAUCUCUACAAGGCAUAGUGAGCAGAAAGGGACACUUUUCAGGCAAACAACAGAGCACCAGACCAAACUCAUGGACCAAACAAAUGCAUAGACAAUAGGGGGCUAUGGGGCUGGAUUGAGAGAAGACCAAUGCUCAGUGGUAGACCAUCUGUCUGGCAUGCAGAGGUUUCUAGGUUCGUUCCCAGCAUCUCCAAGUAGAGUUGGGGGUGUCACCUGCCAGAGACCCCAGAAAAGCCACUGCCAGAGAAGACAAUACUGAGCUAGAUGGAUGAAUGGUCUGGUUCGUACAGUGUUACUGUCCCUCCACCAAACCAAGAUGGAAGAAGCAGGAAUUCAGUGGGACUUUGGUAGAAAGCCUUGGUUUUUAAGGAAGAGGGCAGCCUUGUCCAGCUCUGGAAGGACUAAUGAUGAUUUCACAACGUAACUGCUCCAACUUUGUGUAUAUGCCUACUUCCUGAGUGCAAUAAACUGGCUUAUAUUAAAUAUA